AGAUUGUGAACAAGAAACUGGCGAGCGGCAGAUACCACAAGUGCAAAGGCGAGAUAGUGCGCGUAAUUGAUUCGUACAUUGCGGAGGUGGAGAUGCUGGACUCAGGGGAUGUGUUGAAACUAGACCAGGCACACCUUGAGACUGUUAUUCCGAAGAUCGGGGGGCCUGUGAUGUGCGUAGGUGGGCAAUACAAAGGCGAAAUAGGCGGUCUGGAGGCCUUGGACACAGCCAACUUCAGUGCGUCUAUCAGGUUAAAACACAACGCCCAGAUUGUUACCAAUGUCGCUUAUGAAGAUUUCUGCAAAAUCGUAUGAUGGGAAACCCCUUACCAUAUACAUCUAUAGUAUGUAUAAAUACUCGUACGCAUAUGUAGGUGCUCGCAUAUAAUCAUUCGAGUAUUAGUCAGCCAGGUCCAGCACACCCUCUUUGCCAAAGUCGGAACGCACUCACCACAACCGAAACAACCUAUGAAGUCGUUUGCAGUAUUACCUGCACUUCAAUGCCAUUUUUGAGUCCAAUUUAUACAAUUAGCGGCUCACAGUUUGAAGUAGCAAAUGAGCACCCAAUACGACCAUAGUUUCGUCAACCACUCCGAUGGGCUUUGCCUGAUAUAUAGAGAACCCUAAACCAUAAAUCAUAAAACCUAAAACCGGGCAAGUAGGGGCUCUCCUGAUCUACGAUACUUCGGGAUGUUUAGGGUUUUAGUGGGUUCUAGUCGAAUCUACAAUCCCAAAUGAUGAAAGAUACAUCCCCUCAAACAUACGAUUGUAUCCCCGCUAAAGGCGGAUAUUACGCCCCGAGGACUGGGCUGUCUACCCCCGAUAUACUGUGUCGGCUUCAACUUCCAUAGUUAUUCUUUUGGCUGGAAGUGAAGGGGACUCUCGACUCUGCUUCGCCUUCUUCAGGUACAUCUUUAAAAGAAUGAGUUCAUUCAAAAAGUAUUGACCGCGUAACGGGGUAGGUCACUAUUGAUAAAAUCAAAAGCAUUGAUAAUGUAAUUGGGUCAUUGUAUGGGAGCCCAAUGUGGAAUGAAUAAACUAUCCGAUUGCCAAUCAGAGCCC